CGCCGCGUGCGGGGCGCGCGCCCUCAACGCAGUGAACCGAGUUCCAAGCGCCACUCAGUUUACUACAAUCGCAAACCGACGCCGCAUGUCGUUUCGCGCGCCGUUUCGACCCGUGUGUAUGGUGUUAGUGGAAUAACAUAACAGCAAAUUGUUUUGUGCUGUGUUAUUAUUGUGUGAUAGUGUCUUACUGCUGGUGCGACCGUUCCGGUUCUCUUUGUUGUGAUGCAUUUGAGGAUAUACCUAUGGCUGUCUUGUGUAGUCCUCGCAGGAUACGUUCGAGCGACAGAGGACGCUGCCGUAGAAAAACCGACAGAAGAAACAGUAGUUCAAAUACAGAACGACGUCCACUCGCCGCCUGACCACGACCUGUUCAUCGAUGCUGCUGAUGAUGGUUCGGGCCUAGACACAGACGAGAGCUCGGGCUCCGGGUGGGGAGCCGGCCCCGGCCCUGACGACGAGGACGGGCGAGGAUCAGGUGACGAGCCCAACGGACCUCCCGAUGACGAAGACUAUGGAUCCACCACCGUUGGCAGUGAAGAGACAGAACGCACCAUUAUCGAAACUCCCAUUGUGCCCGAGAAAUCGGAGCCAGACGACAUAGACAUCCCCGAACAGACGGAGCCUCCUGUCGUAAACAAAGUGAACAUCCCGCUCCAAUUACCAACAGAUCCCAGGAAUAUCGAUGUGCUCAUUCCCAAUACAAGGAACAAGCCAGGCGAAGGCACAUCGGAGGAGGGCAGAGGCGCGGGGGAGGAGCAACCCUCGCGCCCGGAUCAGACAGACAUCAGCAUCUCUGGCGAGGACCUCGUGCCUUCAGUCGACCAGGAGCCGUCAGGCAGCAACGUGAACCAAGAGUCGAGGGCGCCGGACAAAGUCGUCAUCAUGAACGCCAAGCCCGAGGACCGCGCCACCAGCUUCUUCGCGCAGCCUGGCAUCCUCGCCGCCGUGAUUGGCGGUGCAGUAGUAGGGUUACUAUGCGCAAUCCUGGUAGUGAUGUUCAUAGUAUAUCGCAUGCGCAAGAAGGACGAAGGCUCCUACGCGCUCGACGAGCCCAAGAGAAGCCCUGCAGCAGCAUCGUACGGAAAGGGCCACAACAACCGCGAAUUUUACGCGUGAGACGACACAGAGCAACCAACGCCACGUAUUUACUAGUCGGCGGUCACGCCCUGACUGACCGGUCAACCGUCUCCAGAAUAGCCAUUCCAUUUUUAAAUUUUGACAGUUACACACCAUACCACGCGAAAUGCGCGGGAAUAUAAAUAAAGAAACAAAAUAAUAAUUUCAAUUAAUAUAUAUGAACGUGGCUAAAAUUGUUCUGUGAAUUAUUUUAAAAUUAUAUACGAUCGAUGAAAUAAUUUAUUAUUCUAUAAAUGUUUGACAUGGAUACAAAUUUGUAAUGUACGGAUUGUACAGUGAUGUACAAGCCAGGUACAAAAGAUACAGAUUAUUGUCACUACGAAGACAGUAAGAUUUAAAGUUAAAAAUGUUAUUAAAUUAUCAUCUUUGAGACCAAGUUUUUUAAUCAUUUGUGUGAUGAUUUUAAAUGGUGUUUAUCAGAGGUUUUGGUGUAUUGAUGUCUCUAUGAAAGACCAAUGUGGUUCGUAUGUUCUGAAUGAUCGAUCUUGUAUGUUUUCUGUAAAAAAAAAAAAAUAAGAAUUUUGUGCCAUCCGCUUUCCUUCAACUGUAUAUUGCCAAUUCUCUUCGCGCAGACUGUAAGGUCUCGAUAAAUAAGCUGUGGACACGUCCGACACUUGAGUACUAUGUGUAAUAUAAUUAUGUAUGUGUGUAUGUAUUUAGAUCGAACUCUCUAUAUAAAAAAAUAAGUAGAUUUUGUAAUAUUUUUGCUUCCAGUUUGUCAUCGAAAUUUUUAUUUUUUUACUGAACAAAUCUUGUAUAUCUAUCUACGGAUAUUCGCUAUCAAUAAUUUUGUAGAAAAAAAAACAGAAUUUUCGAUAACACACUUCUUAACAUUUUGGGUUUGUAAUACUUUUUUUAUAAUUUUAGAAAACUAAUUUUGUAUUUAAGAUUUAUUUUGUUGUCACCUUGGGGGUUUUAUUUUUAGGAAUUGACUUGUCUCUAUUAUUUAGUUUGUUUUUUAAUAUAGUCGUAGAUGUUUUAAUCUCAUUUUAUACGAUUGUAAUUUCUGGAAUUAGGUUGUGCAACGAUUGUUUUUAACUUGCUUGUGCCAUCUUCAAUUUCCCAAUUCAAUUCUAUAGGAGAUAUUCGUCGACAUUAAUAAAUUUGCGUGCUAUACACAAUAUUUUACUCCCCUUUGCAUAAAAAAAAACAUUAGAAGAUAUACCCAUACCCAUUUACCCAUAUCUUACGUAGAAACAUAAUAUACCCAACUUAUUACCCAAAUACCGCCAUGCCAAAAGCCAAGUAGUCAAAUAACCAUUUAAUCGGCUUUAAAGCCUAGCUACGCAUCGCAAAAUAUAUUAAUGUAGACGCAACUAAACGCCAGUGUUAUUUAAUUAAUUUAACUUAAGUAACACGUUAUGUCAAUUAAUUUAUUUAAUUAAAAUAUAAAAAUUUAAAAUCUGUAAUUAUCGAGAUUGUUAAUAGAAAACUAAUAAUUUCUUUAAUUCACGAAAAUGUUUAAUUAUUCUAUAUUGUAGUAGAUGCGUUACUGGAUAUAAAUGAGCCAUUGAAUGUAUAAAUAUAUGAAGAAAAAUGUCGAAAUUUAAACAUUUCAUUAGAAAUAUUAGUUAUUGGGAAACUCCUGUUUUAGAUUGUUCUAGAAACUAACUGUUAAAUUGACGAAGAAGCUAGCUUCUAGUAAAAUAUAACAUCGUUGUAAGUAUGGCUGACAAUAAGAAAAAACAAUAUUUGGCCACCAUACAUACUAGAAAAAGAAAAGUAUGACAUCUGCGGCCCAGUGUUGCAAGCCCAAAUAAAUAAAUUGAGAGAAAUGUCAAAAUAAUUGACCGUAAUACAACGAUCCACUCUCAAUGAACAUCGGUGCUUCCGAAAAGGCUCUAACUAAUUUUUUUAUACUAAAAACAGUUUGUUUCUAGAAAAAUCUUCGUAUAAAUAUCCAAAUACAUUCCUAUCGGAUUGGUACAUUUAAGAUGUAGAGGGCAAAAGCCCUUUAGUGUAAGAAACUGUACAUUAUAAUUGUAAAUUCUUUUAGAACGUAAAAAAAACUGAGUAAUUUAUACGGUAAUAGUUAUUGUGUAACCAAAUAUAACUAGAUUUUACUCUUCUACGUUUCAGUUGCAGCUAACUAAGUACCUAUGUAAUAAAAAAUUGGUUGCUUUAUUGCAAACAGUAAAUUAUGUCACGCGUUAAACAAAAUUAUGUUCUUAAUGUAAAGCCAAUGAGACAUUUACUAACAAUACAAAAUAAGCUAUAUUCAUUUGUUAUCAAAGUUCAGUUUUCAAUAACAAUAGUUUACCAUAAGUUCGUAAAUCGAUCUGCCAUGUAAUGACAAUCAAAAGUAAACCCUGUUUUGUGGUGUUAAAGUUUAAUUUAAAUUGUCUCAUUGUCUUUAUUAGAUAGGUAAUUAGGCUUAGUAGACAAUGCACUAUGUUUUGGUCUUUGGACUACGAUUUGUUUUAUGAGAAAAUACUCAAGUUUUACUUGAAGUUAGCUAGGCUACCCCUGAAAAGGUAGUUUUUAGUAGAUAAUAGUAAUGGUCUUAAUAAAUCUACGUAUUACAUCUUUGAAGUAAGUAAUAGAUUUCAUGUAAGAUCUUUGUUUUAAGUUCUGUGUUUCGUGCAUUGUCUACCAAAAUGCGUUCAUUGUAAUAAAUAAUUUUACACAGAUUUAAAAAGUUUGCAUUCAAUAGUAUCAUAUUGACGUCAUUCUUUUGUUAAUGAAAAAUUAUUUGUGCUAUGCAAAAAAAAAGUCAGCAUAGAUAAAUAUUGUAAAAAGUAAACGUGUACGUUUGUCAAAUAGAACGCAUUUUGCCUAUUUACCUAUCAUAGUAACUUAUAUAUUUUGCUUCAAAUACAUAUUCGACCAUACUUACCUAGCGUUAGCCGCUAUUUUGACAUCGAAAGCGUUGUAAUGCAAUUAUUUUAAUGUUAUUAUAAAUUAUAAUAUCGAAUUUUAUUUGUAAUAACUAUUAUAUUAAUAAUUAAUUUAUGUAUUUUAAUUUUUGCAAUAAUUCAAGGUCCUAGUGGACAUAUUGUUUUAUCAGUUAAUAAUUUGGUAUGAGAAUUAUUAAGGUUUAUCAUAAUGGUCAUUUUUUAUAACGCCUAAGCAAAUAAAUAUAGCAAGACGCUUUUACAUGUAAUCCGUAUAAAUAAAAGGUGCUGAAAUGUACACUGUAAUCCUAAGCUUUUACGAAAAUUAUAAUAAUCUGGACUAGUUAAAUUAUUCAUUAAUUUUAACCGUUAAAAUCUAAGAACGGCGAUAAAAUUAUUUUAACUUCCAUGCCAGUGUAUCACAAUACAACUGGCAUUCAAAUAACAAUAUUCUAAAUUCAAACUUGCCUAUUUCUUACUCAAAUGUCAUCUCAACUGGCCAUUAACAAUCGCUAGUCUUAAAAAUUAAAAAAGUUUUGUUCUAAAAAGUUUUGAUGACGAUUUUUUUUAUAAAUCUUCGUUUUGGUUUUAACAAGAGAGGCUAAUUGACAGCUGUUAUUAAUAAUCAUUUUUGUAAUUUCUUUUUGUUUGUUUUUUUAUUCUUAUUAUUAAAAUCUCAUGUUUUCGUAACUUGUAAGGAGGUAGGCUAGGAUAAGCGUAUACAUAAUUAUCGAUGUCCACCUUGUAAAUAAUUCUCCUUUACACUUAGGUAAAUAUACAGGAUAUUAUGAACAA